AUGAUUAUCCUCGUCUAUCGCCCUCCAUCUUCUUCUCAUAGUGAUGAUUCCAAACUCAUUGAUUCGUUGCAAAUUCUUUGUAGCCUUCAUCGUGAUAUUGUUCUUGCUGGCGAUUUUAACUUGCUUAUUGAUUGGUCGGCUAGAACGCCACUAUGCUCUGCAUCUGCCAGGUUUAUCAAGUUGUUCGAUGAUCUUUCUCUCACUCAGCAUGUACUGUGUCCCACGAGGAAUGAUAAUAUCCUUGAUUUGGUACUGUCAACUUCGCCUCUCGUACAUAAUGUGACUAUACGACCACCGCUUGGGUUAUCUGACCAUGCAAGCAUUUACUUUGACCUUAUGUUGCCGAUUGAUUUCCCCUGUAUGGAUUGUUGCCCUGACUAUGCGAGCGGUGAUUAUGUGGCCAUUUCUGCCUGCUUGGACACUAUUGAUUGGUGGUCCCUGCUCGACAAUUCUUGCUCUAUUGAUGACAUGUAUCAACGCUUUCUUGACCUUUUACACGACUUACUGUCGCGUUUCAUCCCAUUGAAACGAGCAAGGUACGAGACUGACCACUACCCCACUCACAUCAAGAACUUGAUAGAACAAAGGGAUCGUUUGUUUUGCACAAUCCAUGACCCGUUGACAUCUGAUAGAUAUAAAAACGUGGUAAGAAAGUUGAACAGACACCUAGCCAAAUUCAGUGCGAAUAGACAGAAAAGACUAUCUAACAUGAACACUUCCUCUCUCUUCAAGUAUGCCCACCUGAUUUUCAAAGAAAAGCAUGGCCCUCAAGGAUUGCAUGAUCACCAAGGAAAUUUAUGCAAGACUGAUCAAGAGAAUGCCGAAUGUCUUGCUCAUUAUUUUGCAUCGGUUUUCCAGAAACCGACAAACUCUAGACCUAGCCUUCCUAAUGAUCUAACCAAUCAGAUACAAAGUUCCUUAUACCUUUCACAAGUUCCUCAAGUCCUGCCUUUUGAUGUUAUGAACAUUCUGAAAAGAUUGAAACCAUCGACCUUCAUUACUGCUGAUGGAAUUCCCCAGAUGGUUUACAAAAGAUGUGCCACUCAGUUAGCAGUUCCUGUUUCAAUACUUGUCAACAUGUCUUUGAGCAGUGGUGAAUUACCCAGAGUAUGGAAGCACGGAAGGGUGGUACCAAUUCCUAAAGUGCAGAACCCACAAAAGGCCUCGGAGUUUCGGCCCAUAAGCAUUAACUCUGUGGUCUGCAAAGUUGCUGAGAAGAUUGUAAGAAGGAAACUGCUGUCAUUUUGCGUGCAAAAGCAUCUCAUACCGUCUGAACAGUUUGGGUUUAUGGAGGGAUCUUCCACUACUCUCCAACUGAUUACUUGUGAUUUUUACUGGAAAAGAGCCUUGGCACAAAAUCGAUUAACUGAUGUUCUUUAUUUUGACUUGUCCAAAGCUUUUGACAGAGUAGACAUCCACAAAUUAAUUGAGAAACUAUAUUCAGUUGGAAUUCGUGGAGGUAUGCUAAAAUGGCUCACGUCUUAUCUGACUGAGAGAACACUCUCGGUACGAGUCAACUCAGCCAUCUCUUCUAUCUUCUCGGCAACCAGCGGAGUACCCCAGGGUGGUGUCUUAUCCCCUAUCCUUUUUAAUAUCUACACAAGUGAGUUACCCGGCCUUCUAUCAAUUGAUUGGAGAAUCAAAGUCAUGGCAUAUGCAGAUGAUAUAAAAGUUUUUGCUUCAUACUCUGAUGAGGACAAAGUCGAAGUGACUGAUGCCUUGAGUGCUUGCCUUCAGAAAAUCUUAUCGUGGGCAGACUUGAACUGCAUUGAUGUUAACUUGCGUAAAAAGGCCUUCCAUGGUUGCCUGUACAAUUCAGUCGAUACAACUCUGCUGAACUUCGGUCCACGUUCCCUUUGCCUAAAUUGA